AUGGAGAGCAGCGAGAGCGCCGUUCGGGCCGCGUUGACCGCUCAAUCUUUCCUUCAGAAAUAUGACCGCAGGGAACUUCAAGAACUGCUCAGCCUGACCUCCUGUAACUGGCUACUCUGCGCCGAAGAGCAUAAGCUACCAAUAGAGACACCCCCAGGCAUCAGCAAACAACUGAAGAACAUCUUACAUCCCAACAUAAUCAUUCUGGCUCCCUCUGGCUCGUGUUUGCCGCUGGAUUAUACAGUGGUCCACCAGAUAGUGAGGGAACUUACAGUGGGGAUUUAUGGGUUUAACCAAGUUCCUGGGGUCAGUUUACUACCCAACUAUGACCAGAGCUCCACCUGCUUGUUGCCGCCGGCGUAUUAUGAUACCAAGGUCGGUCAGAUUUUAAUAAGCAUAGAUUAUACAAUGAAGGCUCUCUGGCACGGGUGUCACAUCCCUAGGGAGAGACGCAUCCGCUUCUGUGAGCUUUGGAGAUCCAGCAUGGCCGUGGAUUCAGAUGGUGCUCCUCAAACACAGAAAGAUGUGCUUGCAGAGUUUCUCAGUGCAGGUUUAAAAGACAUCUCAGAUGAACCAUGUUAUCAGGACAUUUAUAAGGAGAACACUGAUGCAGACCCAACCUAUGAACCCGAAAGCACAGAAGAGGAGAAUCUCUUCUCUCAAUACUCAGAAAGCAUCCUGAUCAAGCUGAGUGCAUUCCUGACCUCUGCCCGCCAGCACCAAAAUCUCUUCAUGUUCGAGGGGUCUUAUUGCCUGUCCAAUGCUGUCCGACUCACAGAAGACAAUAUUGAUCUGGCCACAUACCAGAGGCUGCAGAAAAGGCUGUCAGAGCACAUUAUUUUGGUUAAAAACAACCUUGAGAAGAAUGCUGAAGUCUGCAGGGAGCUUGCUUAUCUCAAACUCAUCUCGUUCCUUGUGCCACUGCUCAUUUCUUUGAGGAAAAAGAUGUUGAUUCCAAAUCUGUCAAAAUUGCUCUCACCUAUGUCAGAUGACAAGCUGAAAACAGAACGAGAGGUUCCUCCACACCUUCUUGGACCUGAAUUUGCCUGCAAGCACUUCCCACACAAGCAGAAUCAGUAUUUUAACCUUCAUGGAGGGAUAGAAUUUGAUUUGGGGACACCUUCUCUUGAUGAUGCCACUGAGGAAACGAAGGUGGCUUUCAAAACUCUACAGGCUCAGGCAGCCAAUUACCUCUAUGAAUUGCUUCGUCAAGACUCUACAUACAAAACCCAUUUUCCUAUACCACUCAGUGAGAUUGAAGGGAAAAGCUAUAAUGUCAUCUCCAUUGAGCUAGAGUCAUUUUAUCCUCAACAUAACCUGGUUCAGUGGUGGGGGGCUUUAAGCUCUUCCAUUAAAACCCUCAAAGAGAAGAGACUGCCUUUAACAGAUAUUGAGCUACACGAGCAGUUCAAGAAAACAUUUGGCUACACAAAAGCUAUGAAGUGCAAGAAUGUGGCGUUUGGGCUGAAGGCGGCAGCAGAGAGAGGACUAUGUGCAGUGUUUUCCUCAUUGAGUCGUAGGGUCCCGCCGUCUCUCCUGCAUGCUCUUGAUGAGCAGGGUUUCUCUCUGCUUCAUCAUGCUGCCAUCAACAACCAGACACACAUCAUUGUUCAGCUCGCGGCUGCAGGAGUCAACCUGAACCAGACACGCAGCGAGAGAUUCACUAACACAGGACAAUCAGGGGUCAGAUUCAUUGAAGGAGCUGGCCUCACACCAAUGCACCUGGCAGCACAGUGUGGUUCCCUUGAAUCCCUGAACUGUCUUCUAGCACUGCGAGCCGACUACAGAGUUGUGGAUAAGAGAGGUUGGAUGGCCAUUCAUUUUGCAGCCUUUUAUGGGCAGGUGGCAUGCAUUCAGGUGCUAUGUAGGAAAGACCCAACAUUACUGGAGAUGAAGACCCCUGCUGAGUAUGGCAGCUCUCCACUGUUACUGUCAGCGACCUCAGGUUCAGUGGAAGCUCUGGACUUCCUGUUGUCCACAGGGGCAAACUGGAGAGAGGAAGACAGCAAGGGAAAUAACUGUGUCCACCUGGCAGCUCUUUACUUUCACACAGAUGUCCUUAAACACCUCAUUCAGCUCAAUCUGGAUGGCCUUCCUGUGUGGAAGAUUCUUGUCGAAAUGCUCCAGAUUGAGGACUUUAAGCGGAUGGAGAAGACCCUCGGGUGUCUUGAGGCUCUCUGUGUAAACACUGAGUCCUUCAGUGAGGAUAUAUUGGAUGCAGGAGGUGUUCCAGUGCUGGUGAGCUUGCUUUGUUCAGACAGACAGGUGGUGCAGUGCAUGGCUACAGCGGUCCUGUGUCAUAUGACGGAAAACUCACAAGUCUGUGAAGAACUGGUGCAUCAUGGUGCUGUACCGAUUCUGAUCAAGCUCCUCAGUGUCCAUCAGCCCGAGCUGGACUCUCGCUGUGCUGUUAUACUUGCCGAUCUGGCCGCACACAGCAAGCAGCACCAAAGCCUCAUUGCUGACUUGGGUGGGGUGGCACUUGUAGUGAAUCUUCUGACCUCUGACCUUCAAGAUGUUCUAGUAAAUGGUGUCAGGUGCAUCCGUACUUUAUGUGUCAGAAGUCCACACAACCAAACUGCUGUCGCACAUGCAGGAGGAGUUCCACAUCUCAUCCAGAUCCUAGCUGUGGAUUCUGAUACACUGCAAGAAGAGGCCUGUCUGGCUCUUGCUGAAUUAUCUCGGGGUCACAGGGAGAAUCAGGCACUCAUAUGUGAGGCAGGAGCGGUUGGUGCCUUGGUUCAAGCCCUGAGACACAGAAAGAUAUCGGUGAAGGUCAAAGCAGCUUCAGCGCUUGAAUCUCUAGCCAGCCACAAUUCUGCCAUACAGCAGUGCUUCCUCAGACAAUCAGCUCCUAAAUACCUUCUACAGCUUUUAACGGUGUUCCAGCUGGACGUACGAGAACAGGGUGCGAUUGCUCUGUGGGCCCUGGCCGGACAAUCUCUGAACCAACAGAAACUCAUGGCAGAGCAGAUGGGCUACUCUGUUAUCCUUGACCUUCUUCUGUCCCCUUCAGACAAAAUACAAUACGUGGGAUGCCGAGCGGUGAUAGCGCUUAGCCGAGACAGUCGUAUCCAUCAGAAUGGCUUUUGCAGGGAAAACGGAGUGCCACCAUUAGUGCGCUUGCUUCGAGGGUCUCGAACAGGACAGAAGACCCUGCUUAGUGUCAUCGAAGCCUUGGGAUGUUUGUGCAUUGGAGUGGCGCUCACUACAAAUAAAAACAGCCAGAAGACUGUUUACAGAGAACAGGCCAUUCCUACUUUAUUAGAGCUUUUAAAAGCACACAAAUCUCAGGAGAUCAAGGUGCAAGUAGCUCAGACUCUCGCUUGUGUGCUGCUGGGAAACCAAAAACUUCAAAGGGAAUUUUGGGAACAAGAGGACUUCUCUUAUGAGAACAUUGUUGAGCUCCUAAAUGCUGAAAAUAAAAACAUUUCUCUGGACGCUGGACAUGCAUUAUCCCUGUUUGCAUACAACAGCAAAGCACAUCAGAAGGCGAUACGACAACUGGGAGGAAUUCCAGGAAAAAUAUAUGAGACUUUUCUGAACUCUGACAAUGAAACAGAAAAAGCAAAAGCUGCAUUUCAGACAGUUGUGUUGGCUAGAGUAAUCAGUGGGUCAGAUGAAGUGACUUUGACUGCGAGGGGAGUAACUAUUCUUGUUGAAUUAUUACAGUCUGACCAAUCCACUACUGUGAUCAUUACAGCACAACUUCUUGCUAGUCUUGCUCACAUGAGAGCAGGUAUUACUGAUGCCAUUGUCAGCAUGGGUGCCACAGAGCAUCUGUCUGCUCAUCUGGAUUCAGAAGAUGAAGAGGUUAGAACAGCUUGUACAAGCGCUCUGGGUUACCUGACCUUCAAUCGUUAUGCUCAUCGACAGCUUAUGACAAAAUGUAGAAAAUCCCCUCACAUUUAUGACCUCCUAAUGAAGAAUCUAGCUCCAGACGCUAGAAUAUCCCAAUUGUUUACAGCAGAGUUUGAAAGACAGAGAAGAAUAGGCUUUCCGUCCCUCAGUUUGGGGAUAAACGGCGGCCCUCCUGUGUCUCCUGGUAAUAAUAAAGGACCGUCGAAGAAACUGAACACUAGGGGUAGUCAGUCAGCAGUCGGCGAGAGGGAAACAUCGGCUCCUUCAGUGCAUCAUGUAGGACAGAGGACCAAAAGCGCUCAUCCCAAAUUCAGACCCGGACGGACGCCCUGCCAACACUGAGGUUAAAUGAAAAUACCUGAAAAGCCCAGAACUACGGCUCUGCUGUUUACACCAAAAGGUGGCAAAAGCUGAAAUAAAAGCGCAUGCAAAACAGA